AUGGCGAGUACAACGCAAUCUCCACAUUGGGAAACGGUUGGGAAGGCAAAGAAAAGUGGCAAAAGCCAAAUUCCUCACCUUACACGGAAUGAGAAAAAGCAAUUUAUUGAAAAUAUGCCCAGGAUCGAAGCAAGUAAACCACUUAAAGAAUCUGUGACCAUGUAUGAUGCAUUUUUGGAAAAGGAAAGGAAGGAGGAGUUAAAAGCUAGCAAAAGUCAUGAAAAAUCCUCACCAACUAGUACAGCAUCUAACAGAGAUCAAAAUGGUAAAGCUGGUGGUGAUAGGAAAACUGUUCAGAAUAAAAAGAAGAAACCAGACCAGGAAAAGAAGAAACAAGUGGACUAUGCUGAAGCAAUAUCUGCUAUCACCAAAGAUGAGGUGAAGUCAACCUUGACCUUGACCCAGACACGGUUCCCUGACAACCUGGAAGUAUGGCUCAAAGAUCUGGCAUCUUUCUUAAACCUGAAAUUAGAAAAAGUGCCAGAGUCUGACCCUGUCUUCACUAACAAACCCAAAGAUUUCCCACUGUGCCACCUUGAUCGUCAUUGUCAACAAACAAUCACAUCUGUGAUCAAGCAGGCUUCCGAGGACACCAAGGAGCAUAUGUUUUAUCACUGUGUGAAUACCAUGCUGACGGAGCUGAACAAGGGAAACUCCACCCUUGGGUACCGUAUCUUUAUUCAACUGCUUGUUAAAGUUAGACCAGAUGUUGCUUUGUCCAAACUGGCCCAGUUUCUGGAGCUUUUGAAGACCAACCAGAACAGGUCCAGUAGAUGUUUGACCAUACUUUGGUCACUUGGGCAGUGUGGUCACCUUGACCUGAAAUGUGGACUGCGAACGUGGAUUGAAGUGAUGCAGCCGACCCUGAAGGUGCGACCAGUGGCUAAUUAUUGUGUAGACUACCUGGAAGAACUGCUGGAGAAUAAGAAAGCCCUGAGUACAGUGUAUGGGGUGAUCAGUGUUCGGGAGUAUUUUUACUUACUUGAUCUUAUAUUUGGGGACCGUCAGAUGCCAGGAGACCUCAGUAGAAAGCUGCAAACCCUCUACCCUGACAUCAAGACAAUUGUGUAUGGUGGUACCACAGCUAACAUGAGAAACCUGUUCCCAUCGUAUCUAACCAGAGCUACUGCCAACACUUCUCGUCUGAUGAUGGCUGAGUUGAUGUCAAGCCUUCUGUACUGUCUUUCAACGGAUGAACAAUGCUACAGUGUGUGGGUGCAGAUGUACACCAAGUACAUACAGCAGUCCAGCAUGUUAAUGCAGUACUUGCUUGAUACCUGGGACACCUCAAGCAAAAUUCUGGACAAGAAGUUACUAAAGAAGACUCUUCGUUCUUUCUCCAUCACCAAUGAUGAGCUGGCUUCCCGAGGCAAAUCCAGUGUAGAAGGGCUGGAGCAGUGCUCUGUUGUUUGUAAGGAACUUCAACAGAAAUUGGAUCAGACUCGUUUUCCAUGGGCAUGGCUGAUGUUUUUGUUUGUUUCCUUGGUUACUGCAAUCGUCGCCUAUGACAUUUACAUCAGCACUUCUAUAAAAACAUCCCGGACUAUGCAGUUUCUGGAGGAUUAUGGGAUCUUGCCAUUUGCAGAACAAGUGUGGGGACGGGUUCACCUCUACACUUCCAUGGCCUACGGAUGGGUCUGUGUCAAUGUGCCACUUUACUACGGUAAGAUGCAAGCAUCUGUGGGCCCUUACAUGUGGCAGGCAUGGACACGGCUGCUGCAGUUCUGGGGCCAAUUCCUUGAGUUUACAGCGCCAUUCAGACUUUGGGCUACAUUAAAGUUAUCGCAGUGUUUAGAAUGGAUACACGGGCUGUCACCAGAGCUAUGGACACAACUUUGGAAUUACAUAUGGCUAUCAUGGGAUUUCUUUAGGGACUACACCUUCUGGAUAGGUGGCCAAAUGGCCAACCUUCUUUAUAUCGCCUACCACUGGGUGGAAGAAAAUAUUAUUUUAAGUGAAUAUACACCAGACAGUGUACAGAAAGCUCUCACAUCAGGAAUCUCUUCCCUACAUCAUGCCUCUUCCAGCCUCUUCACCUGGUGCCGACAGACAUUUCUUCUAGUAACUAAUGGAUCUUAAAGCAGACUUUUCAGAUAAAAUAAAUUUAAAAAGUUGCUUUCAUCAUUUGCUUUGAAUGUAGGUCAAUUGCCUGAAUAUUUUAAGAAAUGUUCUGAAAUUUGAAUAUAAGUGAAUGAAAUGAUUUUGUGUGAGAUAUACAAAUUUUUACAAGGAUCCUGAAAAAUUUUGAUACUUAAAUACUUGACUAAAUGUGUACUUAAUGCAUUCAAACCAAAUAGUCUUCGAAACCAAAAUGUCUUCAACCAGUCAAUCUAGCAGUCUUUCUCUGUACACUUUCAUUAUAGAUAUAUGCACAAGUUUUUGUUGGACUGUCCAGAUAUAUUUUUAUAUCAUUGUCUCAUAAUUAAGUCUAAUAGCCAUAUUGAAAUGGUAACAUAUACUUCAUCUGAGACAAAUGGAUUGGUUUGGUUGCUGUGUUUAAUCACCAGUACUUUCAGAUCAACAAUUGUAAACAUAAAACACUGAGGCCUCAUUCCUGUGUUCAUUCAGAAAAUGAAUCAAUUCUGAAGUGAAAUAGAUCAUUAUUAUCAAUUGAAUUCAAUUGAACAGUGGUUGUAUGAAUGUUGCUUUCCAACAUUGUCAUAUGUUAAGUUUUGAUCGUGAAACCAAUCUGGUAUCCUAUGUCACAUUUUACAUUGCAUGCAUGAUUUUAUUUAUACAUACAUACAAUCAUUCAAAACUUUCCGCAACAUAGAUAUAUCACAAUUACUGACUGCAGCAACACAUCACCAACCUCAACUAUGUAAAAACAAAAACAUGUAUGAAAAUUUAAUGUGUUCAUGUGAAAAAUUUCAACAUGUCUUGUUGCAUAUGAAAUAUGCUUUAAAUUUUAUAGUAAUUUCCUUUCUUAUAGUUAACUUUUUCACUUUAUUAACAUUGUUGUGUUUGUUUAUUCAGAAAAUAUCUGAAAUUUAUUCAUUGUCAAACAUUCAAAGCAAUUGAUGGAUCGAUAUUGGAGAAGCCUUGGAAUUUGCUGGCCUCAGUAAUAAUUAAAUUUGCUUGCUUUGCAAGUUUCUGGAAAAUGUCUCAUAUUCUCUUCUCAAAACUUUGUAACUUUCGUUUCUGUGAAAUUCUCUCAUACUGAUGUAUGCAUUGUGCCAUAUGGGUCUUAAAGUGUCCAAUGUUUUACUGGAAGAUAAACACCCAACCUAUUUUCCACUUAUUUGUUUCUGUUGGUCAAUUUUAACCAUGUGUUAUGGCUUAAACCACCCAAAAGUGCUGUAAGCCCAGUGGGGGUUAGGUAAGGGGAUAAGUUAGCAAACACGAGGCUUACUAGGUGUUUUGUAACUUAAUUAUCUAAGGGUUGAGGUCCUCCUAUACACCAACAAUGAAGAUGAUAUGACAUUGUUGAUGUAAUGUCACUGCAUUGUUACAUGAUAUCACACCAUGGUUGGGGGGUGUUCUCUGGGUGCCAACAUUUCUUUUCACAUAACUGUCUCUUAGCUGGAUAUUUACCUGAGAUUUACCUGUGUUUCUCAUAACCUAUCUUCACAUGAAUGAGAUAUUUUACUAAAUAUAUAGAUAUAUUUGAUGAAAAAUACUGAAUACUUUUACUUUAUUCAGCACAUACAUAAAUAGAUUAAAUUAUUACGUUGAAUGAUUUCGCACAACACCCAAACAUAUUUCUAAAAGCAUUAAUAACAUGAAGAGAAAGUCAUCUGAAAUAAAACUAGAGUAUUUGAAAUAAAGAGAGAAAGUAUGUCAUUAUGGGUUAAGAAAUUGUCACAUUUCUGGUAUUUGGUAUCAAAUCUACUAAUUUAUCUAUAAGAAAUUAUUAAAAGUCAUUUCAGUUUCAUUUGAUUUUAUAAACUUUUGGCCUAAGGGCCCAUCAAUACAUUAUGUGUACACAAACACACAGUACAAUGUAUAUGUGAAUAUCGUCAAUAAUCAAGCAUGUGAUAAUAUAAAUGUUUGUUAUUUAAACUUCACAAAAUUAUCAUAAAUAUUGUAUUCAAAAUAAAACUAAUAUUAAGACAUCCAAACAUUUCAUAAGAUAUAUUAGAUAUAUUUCUUCAUACUUGAUAAGGGUACAGAGAAUAAUAUCGAUUAAAAUGUGAAUAUUGUUUAGCAUAUCCUUAAAUAUUUAUAUGUAAAAUGAAGAAUCAUAAACAAAAACAUUGAAAAAAAAAAUAACU